AUGCGAAAGCUACUGAAUUGGAACAAGUUUUUCUACGAAGAAUCAAUGUCACUGGUCGCACACCCUCAGGCGAAAGACUGCGAAGAGAAACCGCUGGUCAUGGACAGCGCCGAUCUGCAGCAGGGAGAGCACGCUGCCAUGGGCGACCCGACGGAGGAGCCAAAGGCCCCAGAAGCAGAGGCCCCCUCGAAGGAGGCAGAGGCAACGAAUGUCGGAUGCGGAGAAGAAAACCGAGCUGACCUCAAGAUUGGGGACACCAAACGCUCGCUGAGCGCUGCCAACCCGGAACACUGUGACAUCGACCCCAGCGCCGGGGACGUGCCUUCGGUGGAGGCGGAAAACAAGAUGGCGGUGUUCCCGCCGGUGGAGGCAGAAGGCAAGAUGGCCGAUGCCGCCAAAGACGGGAGGGCAAGGGACGAUGGUGAGAUCGAAGCUCCGGAAGGGAAAGCGGUGCACGAGAUCGUGGAGAAAGAACAAGUGGGAGACGCUCCGAAGACGGAAGGCAGCGACGUACAGGAUUACGAUGCAGACGUCCAAAAGAUGGAAAAGAAGAACGAACACGAAAUAGAAGCGGAAGUAACUGAGGAAUCAGAACGGAAGAUGCGAGAAGUAUCGCGUUUGGAGGAAAGGGAACGCGAAGUCGCCGAACUGGUCCAGCACGCAGAAGACCUCGAGAAGAAGGCCAUCCACCUGGAGCAACAGGCCUCCAUCUUGGACCAAGCGGCCGACGAGAUGGAGAGAGAUGCCAUCGCCAGGCAACAAGCUCGCGAGGGGCGCGACGAUUCCGACGAAGACCUUGAGCCCGACUCUGCGCCUGGGUCCCCUGAAGAGAAGCGUUUCGACUGGGACGGCAUGAUCGCGGACCUUGAGACGAAACUGGCCGCCGCUAGAGACCGAGUGGAGGAAUCCAAGGAAGCGAGGAAUGUCGCCAGAUCCAAGCUAAAGCGGUGGAAGGCCGCGGACUUGGCCAGCGGGGCCGGACUCUCUGAGGAGAGCGGCGACUCCACGGCUCAAGCCAGCGAAGACGAAGACGACGACGACAUUUCCCAGAAGACGACGUCGGACACGGCCGCGCUGGAAGAGACCGCGGGAAGGUUGAAGGACAACGGGGAGAAGGCGGCUGGGACGAGCAACGACCCGGCGCCCACCGAAAGUCUGCUCCGCGCAACCUUCUCCGAGGCCAAGGCAAAGGUGUCCCAGGCCAAGAAGGCCUUGACCAAGGUGGAGCACAAACUGCGCAAAGCCAAGAAAGAGCACCGGGAACCACUGGAGCCCCAGGCGGUCAAGAGGCAGAAACUGGACAAGAAGGCUGAAAGCAUCGCUUUGAAGCAGUCCUCGUCGAAGACGCAGUUGCACGCUGAAACGGAAGACAACACAGCUGCUUCGAAGCCAUUGGAUGAAAGGCCAAAAGAAAAAGUCAACAAAGCUGAUGGCGCGGAAGGUAAACCGAUUGGCGAGAAACAGCGAGGGGCCGACAAGAAGUACGUGCGCCCUGUUGAAGGAGGCGACGUCAAGGUGGAGCAGUCUGUCGCCAAAGUAGAUAAAGAACCCGAGGGAGAAGUGGAUCCGGCGAAAAGAGGCCGAGCAGACGGUGAGCUGCAAGAGCAUUACGUGCAAGAAGCCGGAACAAAAGUGGCUGGUAAGCUCACCGCAGGCGAAGAAGAGGCAGAAGAGAAACCGGAGGGCUGCGAGACCACCGAGCCAGAGGAACCGGUGACGUCGACCGACCAGGAGGUGGUGGGCGCGCCAGCGACGGCGCCCGAACCACAGACAAGAGCGCCCGAAGGCGAGCCGAUCGCCGCCCGAGGGCCGCCGACUACUUCCACUGCAGAGAUGGACGUGUCCGACAGUAGACUGGCGCCCAACGUGGCGUUGCUGGCGGAUGAAUCGAAAGGCGUCGCCGUCGAGGCGGAGGGGGACAAAGCGGCGGGCAGAGCGGGUAGGGUGGGGGUGGAGGAGGAAAAGCUGGUGCCAGCCACCCACGCAGAUUCCAGCAGCAGCGAUGAGAGCGCGGCCACUGUGAGUAUACUGCUUACCGCUGAGCUUAUUUGGCAGGGGUGGUUUCUCAGUUGA